ACUCGCCUUACUCGUUAGAUAGAGUUAGAAAUUUAUUUGCUCUAUCUUGAUACUCAUAGCACUUUUUACUAUGACCGCUAAUGCGCAGGAUGCCGCGCAGUAUCAUACACUACAAGAUCUUCUCACCAAAGUUCAAAAUGACAUCCUCAAGACGACAAACUCAGAAGAGCUCGUCUACAAUAACGUCAACCCAGAAUGGGGGAUCUCAGAUCACUGGCUCACUAAUCGAACACGAAGAAAUAGGGUCAUCCAGACCAAGUAUCAAUUUCAACUCCCUCACACAGGUGCUGUGGAUCAAAGUAGCGCCGCCAGAAAUCCACGGAUGCCAUCUCAACUGGUUCACACAAGAAAUGUAUGACUGGAGAGACAAUAAUCUGAUAAAUCGAGAAGAAUCGAGGCUACUCAAACUAAUCACAAACCAAAUCAACGCCCGCUUUGGCGCUCCGUACCAAGACUCAAGAAAGACACCAGAUCUUGUGAUAAGACCGAACGAUCAGCACCAUCCAUCGCUCGUGAUCGAGACUAGCUGGUCCGAGCCAUGGCCGCGCAUGCUCGACGAUACGAAGCUGUGGUUAGUGGGAGGCCGACCGGAAGUGAACGUGGUGAUACUCCUCAAUUGGUCGCAAAAGGCAAACAGACGAACCAAGUGGAAGGUUUCGCGGGGGUAUAUGCCAGGGAUACCAUGGGGAAUCCAUACCUACGACAGCAGGUGAAAAUCUUCCCAGACACAUCGGAGUCUCCGAUUCAAAUCACUUGGGGUGAAUUGUUUGGUGCUGCUUUACCACAGGAUCGCAAUCCUGCUGUCUUCCUUCCGUUGAGCGAUCUCCGGGUCGAAGCGCGGGAUGCACUUGUGCACAUGAACAUGGUCCCCGCGGUCUAGUCCAUGGUCCAAUAACAGCUUACAAAGGAUGGAAGUUGCUUGAUGCUAAAUUGAUGAUGUAUUGAG